AUGCCAGCGGCAAGCGGUCCCGUCGCGAAGGUCCGGCGUAAGGCCGACGCGCCCAUCGCUGGCAAACACCGCACUGCGGCCACUAAGGGCAAACGCCGCAACGCCGAGUCUUCCACUGACGGCAAGCGCUGCAAGGCUGAUGCGGGCUGCCGGGAACUCGCGGCUGGCGCUGCCGCCUCGACUGGCGCUGCCGCCUCGACUGGCGCUGCCGCCUCGACUGGCGCUGCCGCCUCGACUGGCGCUGCCGCCUCGUCUGGCGCUGCCGCCUCGUCUGCCGCUGCCUCCGCCUCGCCUGCCGCUGCCUCCGCCAGCUUUUCGUCCCUGCCCCUGCUGGCGACACUGCGGCUCGCCCUUUCCGAGUCGUUUCCGUUUGAGCAGCUGACUCCGGUGCAGCAGGCCACCAUUCCGGCCGCCCUCGCCGGCCGCGACGUCAUCGCGCGCGCGAGGACCGGGUCUGGUAAGACCCUCGCCUUUUUGCUGCCCGCGAUCCAGCGGGUCGCGGCGGAUCCAGACCAGCCUGGUGUGCGGGCUGUCCUGGUCUCCCCCACGCGCGAGCUAGCCACCCAGACCGGCGCCGUGUGCGAGGCGCUGCUCUCCCACAUGCCCCGCGUGUCGUGCCGCUGCGCCGUGGGCGGGACGAGCGUGCACGGCGACGUCGCCGCCUUGCGCGGCUCACUCUGCCCCGGCAUACUCGUCGGCACGCCUGGCCGGCUCAACGACCUGCUGUCGGGCGGGCACGGCGCGGCGUCCGCCUUCGGCCGCGUCGCCUGCCUCGUCCUCGACGAGGCGGACCAGCUCCUCGCCCUCGGCUUCCGCCGGCCGGUCGAGGCGGUCGUUGCCUCGCUCCGGAGGGCUGCCCACCCGGCGGCGCCUCCGUGGCAGACACUCCUCUUCUCAGCCACCCUGCGCGGAGACGUGCGCUCGCUCGCCGCCGCCGCGCGUCGCGGGUGCGCGCCGCCGACGGCGGCGGAGGACGACGACUUGCUCGUCGCCGACGCCAUCGGAGCGGAAGCGCCGACCAACGCGGCGGUCGAGCAGGCCGUGACGGUCUCCCCGCCGGCGGCCCUCGCGGCGGAGCUGGUGCGGACCCUGCUGGCGCUGCGCUCGGACCCGGCCGCAAAGGUGAUUGUCUACGCCGGCGCCGCGCGCCUCGUCUCCUUCCUCGCCGCGCUCUGCCGCCGGAUGGGGCUCGGCGGCUCCGCGCCGCUCGAGCUGCACGCGCGGCUGCCUCACGCGGAGCGCGCGUCGGCGGACCGCCUUUCCUCGCGGCGGGAGGGGGGGGGGGGAGAGCAGCGUCUCUUCACACCGGGGCUCGACUACCCCGACGUGACUGCCGUCGUCCAGCUCGGCGCCCCGCCCGACCGAGCGACGUACAUCCACCGCUUGGGCCGCACCGGACGCGCCGGCGCUGCGGGAGUCGGCCAUCUGCUGCUGGCCGAGAGCGAGGCGUCCUUCCUGACUUGCUUGGGCGGGCUGCCGCUGACGCGAGCCCCGCCGCUGCCGCCCGCCGCCGCCGCGCUCCUCGAGCCGCGGCUGCGCGCGGCGCGCGGCGCGCUCCCCGCGAGCCUCGCCCAGGAGGCGUACGCCUCGCUGCUGGGGGUCUGCUCGGAGCCCGGCUGCUUGCGCCGGCUGCGCUGGAGCAAGGAGGACGCCGUGCGCCACACGAACGCCUUCGCCGCCGGCGUGCUCGGCCUCGCCACGCCGCCGCCGCUCGACGCCGCGGCGCUCCAGCGGAUGGGCCUCGCCGGCGUGCGCGGCGUCGCGGCGAAGACAACGUCGCUCUCGUGCUUCUCGGUGGCGGGUAACGCGCCGCGCCACAAGGGGCGCUGCGACCUCGGCUGA